GCAGUGGUGUGGUUGGAAUAUUCGUUUUUCGCUAUAUUUGGAGAAGAGUAUAAUUUAGAGCAGUAAUUUUUUCCCAGUUUAUUUUGAAAGAACGUGGACAUAUGUACAUGUUCGGUUUCAUUUUCUCAAGUGCUCACAAGGAAUUAUUUGUCUCCUUGCAAGUCACAAUGUUAGCAAGCUUUACUUUCACAGCUUUACUAUUUACAGGACUGAAUUUUCUUAAAGGCACUACUUGUAAAUAAACACCAUCAUGCUGUUUGACCAUAGUGAUCUUAAUUGCUUCAAAGGGAGAUAGAACGGCGGCAGUACUUUGCAUUUUGACAAGAACAAGGACUUUGGCCAUCAUUUAUCAUUUUAUGCCAAUUAAGUCACAUUUCUGUGCUGCUCCUGUGUCAAUAUGAAAAAAUUCAUUGACAAAGUCUCAAAAAAGAUUCGAAAACAAAGUAGUGAUAUGGCACCAAACAUUAGUAGUGGACAGACACUUGGCUACAAGGAGAAAACAAGGGAUAUGGAUAUAUUUCACAAGGCUGCUUUGCAGGGUGAUAUGCGUAAGCUGCAGCUUACUUCCAUAUGUGGUGAUGUUAAUAAGCCUGACAAGUUCAACAGAACUGCACUUCACCUUGCCUGCGCCAAUGGACAUGCUGAGGUAGUGAGUUUCCUCAUUGGGAAAAAAGCCAAGAUCAAUCUCUGUGACGACCAAAAAAGGACAGCCUUGAUGACGGCAGUGCAAUGCAAGAAUGAUAUCAUUGUGAGCAUUCUGCUAGAGAACAACGCUAACCCUGAUCUGGUGGACCUGGACGGAAACACAGCUUUACAUUUGGCCUCGAAAAUCCCGUCAAUGGAAUCUGUAAUUUUGCUCGUAAAGAAGGACGCUGCCAUUAAUACUAAAAAUCUGAAAGGCCUUUCACCCUUGGCGAUGGCAAUUCGAGGAAACCACAUAGCAAUGGCUGAGUUUCUGUUGAAGAAAGGUGCUGAUGUUGAUAUUUUAGACAAACACCAAAGAUCACCAUUAAUGAUAGCUGCUGGCAAUGGACAUAUGGACAUGGUACGAAUGCUGUUAAUGUUUAAAGCGGAUUUUACACUGAAGGAUAACAAAGGACUAUCAGCUGAGGACUAUGCUUUGACAAAUGAGCAUCGUCCCUGUGCCCUGCUUAUUUCUGAGCAUGCAGCCAAAAGGUACCCUGGGCCUUUCCUGAGUCCUUCAGUUAAAUGUGAAGAAAUAGUUAAACCAGAGCGAGUCAACUCACGCGAGGCCUCUAACACAUGGGGAGAACCAUCCACUAGCAAAGAUGGCUUAUAUUCACCUAUUGCUGAAUGUAUUGACACCAGACGUGAAGAUGAUAUGAGAAAGGAUCUUCAACCAAAAGGGGCAAACACAAACCAAUGGGGGAUGCUUUGGAUCAAAAGUGAAGUAGGGAGCCUCAGCGAGAUUGACUCGUACAAAUCCAGUAUCGAAAGUCUGUCUGGAUGCAUGGAGGAUUUUCAGGCUAAGGAAUUCCCAGAACUAACUAUUCCAUCUAUUAAAGAAGAGUCAAUUGAUAUGUUUUCAAACGCACCUCUUGCACCUCAGACAACAAUCAGCCCAGAUGAUAAAAAUGUCCCUGCAUCGCCUAGUCGUCCGCCAUUGAAGCACUAUGGCCCAAAUAUUAUUUUUCAAGAGAGUGAAGAAUCAGAUUGGGACCAAGACAGUUUGAUUUCCUUUUGUCAAGAGUUCAAGACAAACAAACUUCAGAAAGCAGUUCAAGAAGGCUCCCCUGAAAUGUCAAUCAUAGAAAGUGAUGACGAGGGCAGCUUUCAUUCUAACAUGCAGCAACAAAAGAAGACAGUUCUACCUGAGACCUGGGAUGAGAAGUCUGGAGAAGAGGAGGAGGAUAAAGCCGCCUUCAGCGUAGUUGUUCAAAAUGUUAUGAUAAUAAAUGAUCCUGCCAAAUCAUUUAGCAUGGACGAAGAAAACCAUGAUGAGCCUAAAGAAGAGUCCGGUGAAAAAAAGGACAUGCACUCAAUUUGUUUCUUUGGUGAACCCAACCAGUUAGAGAUUGCAUCAGAAGACUCUGUUGUGGAGUCUGCUGAAAACUCCCUGAAGGAGAAGACGCUUGAUGACUGCCAGUUGCCUGAGAAGACUGUGCUUCAAGGAGCAGAAGAAUUAAUGUCAACUGAAGAACCACAGUUGCACCUCACUGAAAUGGAGAGCUGUGUAGUUAGUGGCACUGCUGGUCAAAAUACAUCUGAUGAGACCAAAGUUGGAAUGUGUCAAAGCAUUAAACUGGAAGAACCUGAGGUGCCCCCUGAGACUUCUAAGACAAUGAAGCAUCCAAGUGCUUCCCGUGACACAGGUGAAAAGGCAUCAGAGGAGCUUGCAAAUCAGCAACUUGAGACCAAAUUAUUGAGUCCCAGAGAGUUGCUCGGUGAACCUUCACAACAACUACACCAAUAUGUACCCUCUAGAAUUAAGGUGGAAUCACAACUGCCACCAGAGCAGACUUUCCACAUCAGACCUGGUGGCCACCUGGAAGACAAUUCACAGCUUCCAAUGGUUAGCGAAGCACUCGGCCCCAGAUUCCCCCAGAACAACGGUGGAAUCACAGAUCUUUCUAUGCGUGACAGAACUUUAAGUGAUCUGUUAAAAGAUGACUGCAGGUGGAAGUCAGCAGAAUGGCCUAAAAGAACACGAACCCCUAUCCUAAACAAUGAUGAUAGUGAAAUUUCAGAAGAUAGUGACAAGCUCCUAUCUGAGGACUCUGACUUUGCCCACAAUAUUCAGGGACUCGAGACAACAGACUCCAGAAGUAAGAUGAAUUUUCAGGAUAAAGUCAAUCAGCGCUUUCUGAAAGCUAAGUGUUAUCUUGGUUCUGCUGGAGAGCGGCUGAGACAACUGGAAAUUGAUAAACGUAUCUUGGAAGAAACUAAUUUAGAGUUGCAAACUGAUAACACAAACCUCACAAUUCAACUGAAAACUGCCAUCACUAACAUUGUGGCGUAUGAAAGCGCCAAUAAGAAGCUUGAAGAAGAUUACAGACAGGCCCAAAGUAUUGUAGUACAGAAUCAAAGCACUCUGAGUCUACUACAUCAAAAGGUCAACAGUUUGGUCUCAAAGCAGAAAGAGAUGGAAGAGGAAUGCAGAAGGAGCAAAAGCAAUGAGGAGCAACUGAGAUCAGAACUUGAGGAAUUCCAGGCUGACAGCAACAUCAAACAGAGAGACCUCUCAGAGGAGAAUGAGACCCUCAAGGAUGAGGUAGAAAAUCUGCACCAAGAUCUUACAAUUUCACGUGACAACGAGAACCAAAAUGCCUUGCAUUGGAACAACACAAUUACCUCAUUGAAGUAUGAGCUUCAAAUGGUAAAUACGCAACUGGAGACCGAGCGACAAGCUCAGGAUCACUUAGUAGGAGAGCUCCAAUCCAUUCGCUCCCGUCUAGCUGAGGGUGAGCAAGCUCGAUUGGACAUGGAGAAAGCGCUGCUCCUUGAGAAGGAUGAAAACCAGCGACUUACAAGCCAAGCUGGCUGUCAUCUCGAAACUGUCAACAAGCUGUCUGAGAAGCUCUCCAAAUUGAAGGCACAUUCAAAUACCAUGGAGAGCGAUGUACAUCGAUACGAGGUCCAGAUGGCUGAGAAGACCACACAGCUGAACAAUGUGCAACGUGAAAAUGAGCAAACAUCUUUGCGUGUUAAAGAGCUGGAAACUGCUCUGCAAGCCGAGAAAGAGCUGCUUGUUCGGGCCACAUCACGCCAAGAAACCACUCAGGCACUCCUAAAUCAAGCCCAGAACGAAGGUACUUCACUACGGCAGCGCCUUGAGGAGGCCACUGCCAUAGCUGUUGCGAAGGAGAAUGCUUUGUCAGAAGCCAAAAAGAGUUUCAAUGACUCUAUGUUCAAACUUCGCACUGAAUGUGAGGAAAGAGUACAAAAAGCUCAGUGCACUUAUACGGAGCUCGCCUGUAAAGUUCCUGAACUUGAGUCUCUUGUUCGCAAACUAGAGCAGGAGAAAACAGAGAGACAGGCUCAUCUAAAGCAGCUGCAGCAGGAAUUAGAUGACUCUUUAAAGAAGCUAUCGAAAUGUGAAGCUUCUUUGGAAUUCCACGCACGGUAUCGGAGUGAUUAUGAGGAAGAGAAAACUCGGCUCCUCAGAGAUGUUGACAAGCUGAAAACAAAGCUGCAUGAAAAAGACACUCAAUGCAUCCAAGCUGAGAAACUAAUAAAUGAGCGAGCAAGUAUUUUGGAUGAAAGGGAACGAGAACUGAGUUUUGCUGCGCGAAAAAAUAAGGAUGCUCAGGCUGCUGUGGACGCCUCCAAUAACGUUGCCAAACAGCUUGAGGAGGAUAUGCGACGGUUGGAACUUGACAAUAUCAGGUUGGAGGCUGCUGCAAAGCAACAUUCUAACAAAUUUGGAGCACUUCAAAGGGCGGCUGAGGAGGACGCAAGGAUGAGAGUUCAACUGGAGGACUUGGUGACAAAUCUUCAAAGUAGGAAGCUUACAUUAGAAGACCAACUUAACAGGGAGGUGCAAAAGCAUAGCGCAUUGUCUAACAAUGCCCAGGAUACUCAAUUCAUGUGGGAGGAGGAGUUAAAGAACCGUUCUAAGUUAGGAUUGCGUUUAGCAGAGCUCGAAAAGGAGAAAGAUAUGAUGCACACACUGGUGGACACAGAAAAGAAGAAAUGGGAGGAGUUAGCGGAGCAUAAAAAGGCUGCUGAAUGUCGUCUGGAACAAGAGAUGAAGAGAAAUUCAGACCUUCAAAGGGAAAUUUACAGGUUACAAACUCUCCUUAAAGCUGCUAAGAAGAAACUACAGGAGCAACAAUUUAGUGUAGCUGAAAGAGAAAAGUUAAAUCAGCAGGUACAUGAACUCCAGGCAGAGCUGGAGAGGGAGCAGUUCUCGUUUAACCAGUUGGAAAGAAGUAAGAAGCAGCUGGAGGACGACCUGCUUAAUCUGAGACGGACCCAAGCACCCACUUUGGAUGGAGGCUUCAUGGGUUUAGCAGCCAAUCCUCUAGGCUACCAAUAUCGAUGCCACUGCCCAAAAUCCUUCAACCCUGUGAGUGAAGGGCCCAGCUACAGUGUGCAGGACUACCUAGCCAAGAUGCGGCAAGACCUGGACAUAGCCAUGUCAAGAGAGUUAGGCAAUUCCUCUGUGAAACUGGACAUGGCUCUGACAUGUGUGUCACCUGUAACUAAGGCACGGCAGCAGUACGUGACUGCCCUGAAGAAAAACCGUGAGGUGUAACCAGUUUUGAGCAAGAACAAGGAGAUGUUUGGGAAUGCCAUUCAAAGCUAAUUUGGACUGAAAUUAGUAGAUUAUGGGGUUAUGGCUAGGCAAGGUAACAAGUUAACUUCAAGUUAAUUCACGAAUGAACAUAAGUGAUUCUUUUAAUCGGUCAUUAACAUCAGAGUCUUUGCAGUUAAUCUUUGCUUUCAUCUGAGGGAAUAGAGCAGGGCUUACUCUACCAGUUCAGGGUUUUGCCUCAAAAACAUCCAACAUGGUGAACAAUAUUGAAUGGUGUUUUGUCCUAAAUUGGAGGAAAAGCUCCCCUUACCUCUCCAGUGCCUGGUUUAAAAAAGGCUACUCAAAAGAAGCGUUUCAAUGAAUGCCACUCAACUUGUUAAGAAAUGGGCAUGCACAUUCCUGAUUCAACAAUGUUGGAUGAUGAGUGUUGUUGAAUGAAAAUGAAUGAUACAUUUACAAAUUCUAAUUCAAUCCUUGAGACUCACUUUAGAGUUUAUUCCUGCUGAUCCCACAAAUAGUUGGAUAGUGUACUAGUAGAUGUGGCUUAGGAUAGGUGGCCCAAACGAGCAGACUCACACAGCUUACCUCUGAUUCACACCUGUUUUCCCUGUGACAAAAUGUUGAAUCGAAUGUCUUGGCAAAAGGCAUAGUGCAGAAUAGCCAUGAUGAAUGAAAAAAAAAAUAUUGUAACUGUGUGAGCAUUUGUUAUCAAGAAAACACAAAGAGCAGUUAAAAUAAAAGAGUGCAAUAUAGAAGUUUGAAAUUAUUGUAUUUUCUAUAUAGCAAUGAGAUUAAUCCCACAACUCCCUCUUUAUGACUACAGCACCCUUGUGGCAGCUAUAAAUCUUUGAACCCCCCUUUUCAAGGGCGUAGGUUUGAUCUCAAUAUUGGUAGGGACGAUAUAGCAAUAACCUGCAUGUUCACUUUUUGCUGGGGACGGGCCUUUAAUAAUGCUGCAUUCCAGAGAAGUGGUAAGUCAGAUUUAUCCCACUUGGAUGGUACCAGUUCCGACCUCAAAGCGUUCCAAGCAAGGGCGUAGGUUUGGUCUCAACAAUGGUAGGGACGAUAUAACAGUAUAACCUGCAUGUACACUUUUUGCUGGGGACGGGACAUUCAUAAUGAUCAAUGCAAAAUAAAUCUAUUCAUUUAUACUAACUUUCAUGUGUAUUGGUUCAGCCCACACUGUUCAAUUCAAACCUUUGUUUUCAAAAACUACUAAAGAAACAUAUUUAAAACUUCCAGAAAAAAUGUCCGGAUUUUAAGAGCAUAUUUAAAUUGCAUUAUUUGAACUUAAAUUAUAUUAACAUACAAAAUAAAUACAAGCUUGGUAAUCAUCUCUUAACAAUCCAGGAAUUGAAAAAAAAAUAAAAUAAUAAAUAAAUCAACAUUUGUCUUAAGACCACUCAACAUUGUCUAAAUAAAGAAAUUAAAUAAAUAAAACUGAAAAACUUCUUUGUCAAGGAAUAACAAAAAAAUAAAUAAAAAUGGAUGUCCUUCAUGUGGUGGUCCUUGCCCACACUUUCCUCUGCUGGCUUUUAUUGGUAUAACACUUCCUGCUUUUGAUGUCUGGAAUCACUCCAAUCGUGGCUCACCUGGAGCGCACCUGCAGCUCAUCAUCAAUCAACACUGCUCAUAAGGAUCAUCCUGGACAGCAAGCAGGUGCCAGAUGAUUCUGCCAGUCACCAUUGGUACAUCGGCCAACUAAGCUUGUAGUUUGUGACUCUUGUCUUUGAACUUUUAACUAAUUCUGUUUUUUGCCAUCAGGACACCCACCCAUCAAAGCCGCCACAGCCACAGCCAUUGAUCAUUCAACCCACCAGCCGCUCAACACUUUGUCCUUGUACAAUAAAUACCACUUCAUCUCUUUACGGCUCGCAUUUUGGUCUAAGUCAACUUUGCCUACCUUGCCUUAACACUUCAGGUAAAACACUACUGCUUUUGUCCACAAGCACAGCCAAACUGAACAAAAAAAACAAAAAAAAGAAAGCUCCUGUGGGCUGCUUUAAGACCACAUAAAGAAAAUAAAAAGUAAAAUUCGGGAGAAGAGGGUAGACCUUGGUUCACUACAUUUCUCACAGUUAAUUUAACGUUAACAGUAGAAAACAUAUACAGGAGGACCCUUCUUUCUAAGAACCUUCCUACUCGAGUUUUGCAGGUUAGCAAGUUCAAACAGUUUAAUGUUAUGCUAACUGAUGCAGGUCAGACUUCAGUAGCAAAAUUAGUGGUGUGUUCCCUACUUCUACAACAAUGAUGUCUUUUUACAUUUCUUACACUGGCUGCUACUGGGUGGAAAAUAAACUUCUAAUAUCCUUGAUAUCUAAUGUCUGUGUGUUUGUUGGGGUUGUAAGUCUGCAUAUAAUGAAAAUAAUUCACUGAAUAAUGGUGGGGUCAAUUACAACAAUUAAAACAUAGGGGAAGACAAUCUAAAUGACAUAAAAUCAUUAUAUAACGCAAAUACUGUAAGGUUGCUCAAAAGUUGGUGGGGACAAUUUGAGCAUCCUGAAAAGUUGGUAGUGUUUUGUCCCUACUGUCCCUAUGCAAACCUACGCCAUUGGUUCCAAGCGAAUUUAAACCGCAAAGAUGGCUGAUAGCAAAAAGUUUUUUUUUAUUAUGUUUAUCAAAAGGCAUCUUGACCUACAGCAAACCUGCCUUCUCGCAAGCAAUCAAAUAGUGGAGGAAAAACGGCGGCUGAUGUAAAUAGCACACACUGUAAACUGCCCUCUUUCGUUACAUCCUCACUGAAAGUCAAUUUAAAAAUCAUCUGAAAAUUCAUCAAGCUAAUUCACUGUGAGAACAUUUUAUUAUUUAACUUCAUUAUUGUGUCAUCAAUGUGUUGUCUGAGUCUCUAUUUAACUGAUAAAAGUUGUCUGACUACCAGUAGCCAUCCUACCGCAGAGUGUCUAGCCCGGGCACAAAAUACGUGUUCAUUGACAGACACACAAUAACACACACUGCACUUGAAGUCAAAGAGAAGAGUUCUUUUUAUUUUGCACAAGCGCAGUGAUAUUAUAUUUUUAUAAUCGUGUAAAUUAUGUUUUACCAUUCACGGUCUGUUGUGUUUCCACGGGCAUCGCCAUUUUGUCCAGUGACAUCAGAUUGAAACAACUUGGAAGUCGGGGUAGAUAUUUUUUCUCCGACUUCGCGACUUGGACCUCCCAGUUCGACUGCCGUUCCAAUGAUAUUUUCCUCGUCGGAGGUCGGAAAACUCCGACUUCCCACUUUUCUGGAAUGCAGCAUAAGACCAAACAGAACAGGGUGAACGGGGGUCAGGGCUACAUUUCUCACGAAUAUAAAUCUAAUUAAUUUAUAGGCUAAAUGAUCAAUGCAAAAUAAUUCUUGA